UGUGGCACAAAGCAAUCUCAUUGUGUCUGAAAUUUUGUCCUCGUUCAUGCUCUCAUGCCCUGUCCUUUCCACCGUUCGACAGCCUUCAGGUCAUGCGUUAAAGGAGACAAGUCACUGAGUGUCCUUCCUCGGGAGGACGACUUUCACGGGGUCACGAGUAUGAGAUUGGGUCCCUUCCUGCUCUCGCUUUGUCGAACAGGGUAUGGAAGAUUGAGAGGACGAGAGAUUGAUGAGAGCUGAUCUUCUCCGUUGAGCAAACGUGUGAUCGCUGUGGAGACUCGCAUACUCACUCAUCUGAGCGAGUCCAACCCCGCCAAUCGACCCUACUCAGCCAUAGUAUCCUUGCUCAGGACUGAAUCCUUCUACGCCGCAAAACGGACACCCUAUCCCUGAGAUGCAUGCUCAUACACGUCACACUGUGCCAGGGAUCAGGCAGGACUCCGAAUUAUACGAUCCCGGCCAGCACACCGACAGGAGCACUCCUCCACCGGGGAGAGACUGGAUCACACAGCAUCCGACCCAAUUCUACGCUAUCCUUGGAGGAGUUCUUGGCAUGAUCCUCGUUGUUUGCCUGUACAUUCUGUGGCGAGGUCCACAUCGGAACAUGUUCAUCUGCUGUCGGCGGCACAAGGCUGUAGAGGACGGAGGUGUCAAUCAAGUGCUGUCUGUCGGGAUAUGGGGAGGGAAGGGUGCUGCCGCUGUGUUCCCUCGGCCCGGUGUCUACUUGACGGAUUUGAAAAGACAAGCAGGAAGCUCCAGUGUCAAGGAUCUCCAUUCGAAUAUCCAGAUUCAUCCCGUUCUGUCGAGUUUCAAUGUCGAAAAGGGUCUAGUCAAGGGCUCGGCCCAGAUCAAGACUGGUCCGACUAUCAUUGAUUGUGGUAUGAGCGGUGUGCCUCUGCCUGGUCCAGAGAUAAGUUCGAAUCAGUCAGUCCCAGCCUCUCCACCGGCUUCGACUUAUACGUUCCGAGCAUUCACACCUGGUCGAGGCGAUCCAAUCAACACGACAGUACCCAACAGCCCGUCUCCGCAAUCUCCCAUCCCGCGUACCCCAGCAUCCAAAUUAGCAAAGGACUGGAAGAGGGAUGACGAGAAGAAACGAAGGGAUACGACAGUCACGAAGAAAUCGUCGGGAUCUUCAUUUGGACAAUCGUACCCUUUGAACGGGGCGGCAGGCUCGUACACUGGUUCGAGAACUUCGCUUGAUUCGCUAAAUCGGGAUUCUGGUGGAGUAAGACUUGCCUCGCCCUUCCUCGCCUCUUCGAAACCUGUUAUUCGACCCCUCGACUCUCCUCGAUUGCCUCACAACCAUCCGCCGCCACUUCCUCAGCAACGGGCAGAUGCGUCUCUCGACUUCUACACUCCUCGAGAUAGACUCGCUGAUCAACGUGCUGUCCUCCCCCCACCGAAAAGCAGACGACCUCCGACCAACUUUUCGUUCGAAACUGGUUCCACUCCUUCAAUGUAUUCCACUUCCACCCCCGCGCAAUCCAUGUACAUCCCAACCUCCAACAACAAUCACAUCAGCACUCAGAAGCAUACCGGAUCAAUUGCAAGCUCCUACGCCGGCCAGUCCGCCGGAUCUGUACCACUUCCACAGAGUGAUAAGCAAGAUCCUUGACUCAUAGUCAUGUCGCUGUAGACUGGUCGUCGCCGCAGUUUCAUGCUGCUCCAGGGUCACAAGAAGGGGAUUGGAGGGUCUCUGUGAUUUCGACUCAUGCGAUGUAGAAAUCAAAGAGAGUCGCGACUGUGGCGGGCAAACGAGAGGAUCUUUGACGAAGGACUUGUGGCGAUGGCUGAGGGGUAGAGGAAGGCUUUCUGUAGAGACCGAGGCAUUGUGCAUUGAGG